UUUCGUUUCCUUGGCGGCCUCGGGGAGAUCGUGCAGCGCUACAGGUCCGAGCGCCACCAGUUAGGUGCCCCGAGGAGCGCCAUGGCGGAGCUGUCCUUGGCCGAAGAGCUGACGUGCUCCAUCUGCCUGGAGCCCUUCAAGGUGCCGGUCACCACUCCGUGCGGCCACAACUUCUGUGGAUCGUGCCUAGACGAGACGUGGGCCGUCCAGGGCCCGCCGUACCAGUGUCCGCAAUGCCGCAGAGCGUUCCAGGUGCGGCCGCAGCUCCACAAGAACACGGUGUUGUGCGCCGUGGUGGAGCAGUUCUUGCAGGCCGAACUGGCCCGCGCAACAGUGCCCGACGGCUGGACGCCGCCCGACCGCGCCGAGGCCCCCAAGUCUCCCAGCCAGGUGGCCUGCGACCACUGCCUGAAAGCGGCGGCCGUCAAGACGUGCCUCGUGUGCAUGGCCUCUUUCUGCCAGGAGCACCUACGGCCACACCUCGACAGCCCCGCCUUCAAGGACCACCCGCUGCAGUCUCCAGUCCACGACUUGUUGCAUCGCAAGUGUCCCCAGCACAACCGGCUUCGCGACUUCUUCUGCCCUGAACACAGCGAGUGCAUUUGCCAUGUCUGCCUGGUGGAGCACAAGACCUGCUCGCCUGUGCCCUUGAGUCAGGCCAGCGCAGACCUGGAGGCCAAGCUGAAACAUAAACUGACAGUCAUAUACGGUCAGAUCAAUGGUGCGUCGAGAGCGCUGGAGGAUGUGAGAGGCCGGCAGCAGGAUGUGCGGGAGGCUGCACAAAGGAAGAUGGAACAGCUGAGACAAGAAUACUUGGAAAUGAAGGCUCUCAUUGAUGCCUCAGAGGCCAGCGCCACACGAAAGAUAAAGGAAGAGGAGAAGAGGGUCAGCAGCAAGUUCGACACUAUUUACCAGAUCCUCCUUAAGAAGAAGAUUGAGAUCCAGUCCGUGAAAGAGGAGAUUGAACUUGCCCUGACGAAGGGGGACGAGUUUGAGUUUCUGGAGAAAGCGGCAAGACUGCAAGCAAUCUCAACAAAGUCAGUCUACGUCCCGAAGGUGGAGAUGAACCACGAGCUAAUCAAAAGCAUCUGCAACACCACCACAGAAAUCAAAAACGAGCUGAAGCGGUGCAUCAGGCAGCCCCAGGACAAGGAGCCCACUGACUCAGGGGACGCUGCAGAGAAUGUCAUGGCACCCACAGCAAAGCCCUCACGCCCUGGGAAGAAGGUCCUGAAAGACGAAAAGAAACCCAAGAAAACUCCCACCACUGGCAUCCCAUCCAGCAAGCUUCCCACCUUUGGAGCCCCGGAACAGUUAGUGGAUUUAAAACAACCUGGCUUGGAGGCUGCAGCCAAACCCACCGCUGUGCAGCCAAACUCGGUGUCUCUCAAGGCCAAGGUGCUGGAGAACUUCUUAGCCAAGUCCAGACCCGAGCUUCUGGAAUAUGCUGUUAAAGUCAUCCUGGACUACAACACUGCCUACAGCAAGGUGGCUCUGUCGGAGAAUUACACUGUAGCUUCAGUGGCUGACACCCACCAGAACUACCGGCCACAUCCCCAGAGGUUCACAUACUGUUCUCAGGUGCUGGGCCUGCACUGCUACAAGAAAGGGAUCCACUACUGGGAGGUGGAGCUGCAGAAGAACAACUUCUGUGGGAUGGGCAUCUGCUAUGGCAGCAUGGCGCGUCAGGGUCCCGAGAGCCGGCUCGGCCGCAACAGUGCCUCCUGGUGCGUGGAGUGGUUCAACACCAAGAUCUCUGCCUGGCACAACAAUGUGGAGAAAACCCUGCCCACCACCAAGGCCACACGUGUUGGUGUGCUGCUCAACUGCGACCACGGCUUCGUCAUUUUCUUUGCUGUCGCUGCUGACAAGGUCCAUGUGAUGUAUAAGUACAGGGAGGACUUUACUGAAGCUCUGUACCCAGCCUUCUGGGUGUUCUCCGCAGGUGCCACGCUCUCCGUCUGCUCUGGCAAGUAGGCAGGGCACGGACACUCUGGCCGACUGCCUGUGGAGUCCCCAGGACUGUAGUGAAAAUGCUGCAGGGGACUGUCUUGGAGUUCCUCUCUGACAGUCCCCAGGGGUUGGCAGGGUGGGAGGGAAGUUGGUGGAGGGUGAGAAGGUGGGCAGAUGGGACAAGGGAGGCAUUUUCUAGGGAAAGGGGUGGGGGUGAUUGUAUUGUGGGCAAGGAAGCGUUCCUACCUCCUGUUGUCCGUCAAAGCAGGAGAGUCCUCUCUCCUUGUUCUGGUAGGUCCCUAGGUUGCUGGGUGGCUGGGUAAGGCUUUGCGUGUAAAGCCAUUAGUGUCCCUUUCCUCUUGGAGACAGUCUCUGGUCACUGCAGGUCCUUUCUUGGGCCAUUUGCUGUAUGCCCCUAUGCUUUCUUCUGAUCUUGGUGUUUUCAUUACUCUCUGCAGGGCUAGUCACCUCUAUAGGUCAGCAGUUUUCAACCUUUUUCAUUUCAUGGCACAUAUAAGCUAAUUACUAAAAUCCUGCAGCACACUGGUUGAAAACCACUGCUAUGGAUUUGUUGUUCCAUUUAUUCAUGCAUUCAUUUGUUGAUUCCUAUAUGUGCCCUGGCUGGGGAUCAAACCCUCAACCUUGAUGUGUCUGGAUGACACUAACCAACUGAGCUACCAAGCCAGAGCUGCUGCUAUAGAUUUUUUUUUAAAAAUUGGAGGCUGUUGAAUUUCAAUAUUAUUCACGCUCUCUCUGUGCCAGUACCCACAUGUGAGGAUUUGGGGUGAAUGCUCAGAUUCCUGGUUAUUUUCUGUGUUUGAGGGAAACCACGCAAGGCAGGUUCCCAUCUAGACUAGAGUUUCCCAAAGAGGUCAGUCCUCUUCCUUCCCUGGAAAAUAGCCUCCCCUCCCUUCUGUCCUCAUCACCCCAGUGGGAAUUUUAAAAUAUUCAAUCCAACAGGACCCUUAUUCUGUCUCAGGCUUUAAAUCAUGGUCUGAGUCAGCCUGUGCUGAAUUUCUGAUUCAAGGCUAAAGUGACAGAGGUCCCAGGUGAACGGAAACCUCUCUCACUCCCAAGUAUCGUGAAAGGCAUCUCAGGAGACGGGCUUUUGCCGCAGCCACGGAACCUUGCUGGAGGCUUCUUCCCAUAGCCUAGGCUUUGAGGCAAGGAACUCUGCUGGGCAAGGGAUCCUGACCUGGAGUGCCAGAAGUGUGGUGGUUUUUUCCUGUUAGAGUGUUUUGCCUUAUUGGUAACUCCCUAGAGUGAUAGCUGCCUCUCCCCAGGACUGUGGGAGACCGGACUGGCUGGAGUGGAUGCCGCUGUGACCAGCACAGCUGAGCAGACAGCUCAGUCCCGUAUCUGAACCCUGGCAUCAUGAGACAGGUUGUAUGCGGCUGCCUCAGGGACCAUACGAGGUCACCUGCUGGAGUGACUGCAUACAGCCAAAAGGACCUCCUGGAAGAUCCCAUGGGGACAGCAACAUUCCUGUUCGGUGUGACCACAGGCUGCAGACCCACUGCUGGCUCCCGUAUGAGACUGAGGCCUGGCGCUGGCCCUAGCACUUUUGUCUGCCUUCUUCGUCUGAGCCAAUUCUGGACGUGGGGAUUGACCAGACGAGGGGUCAGGAAGACUUCAAGGACUGGCGAGGGAGCAAGCUCUAAGACUCUAGCACAAGGGACUAUUUUUCCUGCAGUGUUUCUGUGCAGUGAAAAUAACCGUGGUCCACUAAGGGGUGGGAGUGAAACUCCAGCUGGAGUUUCCCGAGCUUGCUGGAUCCUGGGGUCAGGAUGUAAGUGGAAGAAAUUCCACCUCUUGUAGUGAAAUGAGUCCUGCCUUGGGUUUGCCCAAAAGAAGAGCUCAGGCCAGGCUCCUUGUGGUAUGAAAAAGCAGCCACCGUUCGGGAAGUGGGGACUCCAGACCUUAUUUAAAGCAUCCCUGGCUUUGUGCUGGAAUUCCAGGACAGUGUGGCCCAGAGCGCUUUGUAUUCCUGACAGAUGUGUUGAUCUGUGUCAUCUCCUGAUGGGGAUUUUCCUUGGGAGAGAGAUCAUGUGUGUCAGGAGGACAUCUCUGCAGUAGCUGAAGUGUGGUUUUUAAACAUCUUCCCUCAGUAGUGGGAAGAGAAGUUCUCUGGUGACUCUUCUCUGCUUUUGGAGAUGGCCAAAAGCAUCUUCAUUGACCUUCUGAAACAAGAGCCUUGUCUGAAGCCAAGUCCUACUUGGGAAACAGCUGGGCUUAGAGGAGAAUGACAAAGAUGAAACCAGGGGUCCUACUGUGGCUCUCUCUUCUGCAGAAAUGAAGCAACAAGAGAGGGCCCUUCCCUGGCGAUCUACAGCUCAGGAUAGGGAAGCAUGAGUCCCUCUGUUUAUGAGAGAGGCAAGGAGAUAACCCAAGCCCUGUACAAGGUGCUUUGGAGAUGUAAACUGAGGCGCACAGUCUUGCUGUCUCGAACCUUACAUUCUCUUGCCUCGGGUUGCUGCCUAACCCUGGAGUCCUAGGGUUGGGGGAACCUUUGCAUUGGACUGACUUCUUGCUUUGUAGAAUAAGUCAAAUGGGGAGGUAUGGAUGACUUGCUCCCCACUCUUGCCAACCCAUCAUGGAGGAGAUGCCUCCCGCAUGCCCCCUGGUACCCUGGGGAAAUGUCAGAAAUUCCUAGAAACACAAACGCAAAAAUGCCAACCCCAGACCUGUGUAUCAAGGACUGUCUCAGUUACUCUCGUGUGGUAAAGCAAAGGUCAGGGUUGAGUUUUUUUUGUUAUUCAAGACUGGUUGGCUCGUUUUUCCUGUUUGACUCUGAAAUGGAUCUGGGAUCUAUAACUGAUAUGUUAUCUCUUCCCUUAUUCUGUCUCCCACUGAUUUUAAUUAAAUUGGAAGUAUUUGAGCUGUUAUUUCUUAAGCUGACUUAUUUUAGAGUUAUUCUUUAGGAGAUAAUCAGGGCUGUACACAUGGACCUUUUGAAGCCUGUGAGAAAUACAAGAACCAAAGCUGCCUGACUUGCCUUAGAUGCUUGGAAUGUAGUAAAACAGCCUUUGGUGUUCUUUCUUGCAUCUCAGGUUAUGUAGCCAGUGUUACUUAACCUGUCAUGCUGGGGUGAGUGAAGGAGGUGCCCAGGGGCCCCUGGGCACCCAGGCCCCACCCAGCUGCACCCGGGGGUUGAGAUUUCGGCAGACCUAUAGCACAUUUGAGACUGGCCAUGGGUGAGGAUUCUUUAUCAAGAACUGAUCGCUGUCC